UUACCGGUUGUGCCCUAGUGAGGCUAAAAAACACGCUCGACACGCGGUCCGCCACGGUCAGAGGAUCCCAUUCCCAUCUGACGGUGGUUCCCCACCCAAUCUUGAGGUCGGUGCGUGCCUUCCUCGCCCACCCCACCGCCGCGGCACCGAUCCAAUCCCCAGUCCCCACCCCAAAAUUCGCCGAGCUCCCUCGAGAUCAACCGGUCUCACCCGCACCGCAGCGAUGGAGCUGGCGUCGAGCGACCUCGCGGCGCUGGGCGCGGCGGAGCUGGUCCGCGUCUCCGCCUCGAUCCCGCGCGCCGCGCCGCGCACCUUCGCGCUGCUCACCGCCUGCCUCGUCUUCCCACUCUCGUUCGCGGUCCUCGCCCACUCCCUCUUCACCCACCCCGUUCUGCUCCACCUCCAGAGCGCCAACUCCGACCACCGCUCCGAGUCCGCGCAGUGGCUCAGCCUCUUCGCCUACCAGUUUCUCUACCUCAUCUUCCUCUUCACCUUCUCCCUCCUCUCCACCGCCGCCGCCGUCUUCACCGUCGCCUCGCUCUACGCCGCCAAGCCCGCCUCCAUCUCCUCCUCUCUCGCCGCUCUGCCCCCCAUCCUGCCCCGCCUCCUGCGCACCUUCCUCUGGGUCUCCCUCCUCAUGCUCGCGUACCACCUCGUUUUCGCCCUCGCCGUCCUCCUGCUCAUCGUCAUCUUCAUCCCCAACGUGUCCGUGUCAGCCCCGCCUUCCCUCUCCUUCAUCCUCUUCCUUAUCGUCGUCGUCUUCGUCUUCCUCGGGAUCCACGUCUACAUCUCCGCGCUGUGGCACCUCGCCAGCGUCAUCUCCGUGCUCGAGCCGGUCUGCGGGCUCACCGCCAUGGCGAAGAGCAAGCAGCUGCUCCAAGGGCGCGCCAGCACCGCCGCCACGCUCGUGAUCUCCUACUUCGCAGUGUGUGGCGUCACCUCACUGCUGUUUCGUGCCGCCGUCGUGAAAGGGCGCGGCGAGGAGGGGAGCCUCGGCCUGUCCUUGCCCGGACGGCUGCUUGUGGGCGCCGUGCUGGUGUGCGUUCUUGUCUGUGUGAAUUUGCUUGGACUGCUCGUGCAGAGCGUGUUCUACUACGCCUGCAAGGCCUUCCACAACCAGCAGAUUGACAGGAGUGCGCUUUACGAGCACCUUGGAGGGUACCUUGGGGAGUAUGUGCCGCUCAAGAGCAAUAUCCAGUUGGAGAACCUUGAGAUUGGAGCUUAGGGGAAGGAUUUGGUAUCAUUUUGAAGAUAAUUGGACUUACUAAUUGCAAUCGUGAGUACAUAAUUUCCAUCCAUCAAGCGUCAAGUAUCUGCAGUGCUUCCUAUAUUUUGGUCAUUCUUGCGGACUCCUUUGUUAGUGGAAGCCGCGCCGUAACAGUCAUAAACAUUGUACUCCUUUCCCUCCAUUUUGAAAUAUGCAAGCUAGUGAAAUAUGCAUAUUUGAAUUUGUUGGAAUAAAAAAAUUGAAAACUAGGAACGUGGCACAAUGUGGUGAAAGGCCUUUCAACAUAACAUGUUUAGGCUGUAGUGGGUAGUCGGUUUUGAUAGAUCACAUGUUUUUCUGCUACAAUUCGUUGAUUCCAAGUCAGAAUGCAUUAUGCCAUGUGACGUGGCCAGUGGCCUGAUAUGCCAUCUUGUUUUGCUCACUGAAAAGUAAAAUUGUAUGUCGCCGCAUGUAGUUUCACCUUGCUUUCCAACUUUUCUUUUAAAACAAGUGCACGGC